ACUACAAUACCCAUGAUUCCGUGCGCGCGUGACGUCAGAACUGAUUGAAUCGCUGGCGGGACAAAAAAUUCCAGCAAACGGAUUAUUCGGCCGACAGACGGAGGAAGCAAAUGAAUCUUUAAAUAGAUCAAACUCACUUCGAUAUUUGGACCUACUCUACCAAUUCAAACGAUGGUGGCUAAAGGACAGAAGCGUAAGCUCCAUGGUGACUGUGAGGUUGCUGGAUCUGUAUGGGAGAGUCAGCUGCAGUCUGUGUUGGACAUCUCCAUGGACAAAUUUCACCGGGACCAAGCUCUUGUAGAGCCCAGCCUACUGCGGUCCGUUCUCAUAAACAACACCCUUCGGCAAGUUCAAUCCAAAGUAGAGUCGCUGUCAGCCGUCGGGAUUGAAACUAAACCUCAAACCCACACAGAAUUAGAGGUAGAGUCAGAUUUUUCCAGAGAGCCCUCCCUAAUGGGGUAUAAUCCACCUCUGUAUUCCCUGAGUACGGAUGAGGAGUUCAUGACCUGGUCUUCAGAGGAUGAAUUUUCUUUAUCUUCAGCCAUCUCUGCAAUUCUCAAAGAUCUAGACGCGGUCAUAGAUGGUGCUCAAGGGCCUUGUGUAUCUCAGCGCGCUCCACUAGGCUCCAUAGAGAACGUGACGGGAGAUGGAAAGCUCACACAAUGUCCACUAUCAGGUUUGAGGACCGACACCAGAAGAACAUCUGAUAUGGUAUCAUCGUUCAGCAAAACAGAAGUGACGUGUCCUGGUGGUCCUCAGGAUGUGGCUUUAGAUAAAUUGCUCUUGGAUGUUGACACGACGAUGUUUGAACCAGAGAUGAAUCUUCUGCACGGUUAUUCUGUUACUGCGGAUGAGCUGGUCAAGUAUCUGCCAUCUUCAUCUUCAAUUUGUCCGGCCACAUGGGAAAUUCAUGAGAUCGAACAUGUUAUGGACAUACUGAUGAGAACUUGCCCACAGAGUUGAAUUUAUUCUGGUAUCAUGUACAUAACAUUCAGAUUAUGGUUUUGUCGACUGAUGAUUGGCUUUCGAGUUAUUUGUUAAAAACUGCAUCACAUUAUCAAGUAAUGGUUCCUAUAGCGGUCUCUAGUUCCCUUGAUGCUUGCAUUGUGAAAGUCAUUUAUCAAAGUUUAUUCAAGAAUAUGUUGCAAUAACUUGGUUUGGUUAUAUGAAUAUUUUGAGGUCGAGUCCACAAAGUCAUUACAAAUCUAUAAAUGUAUUUUUGUUACUUGUUGAAAGUAUUGUUCCCUAAGACCGUAUAAUGCACUUUUCAUUGAGUUAAGUCUUAAAGUUUUUAACAGAUUAGUAGGUUGCAUGCUAUCACUAUAUGUGUCCAAAUGAAUUUAUGUGAACAAAUGUUAUCAGAUUUUGUAUAUUGUAGUUUAAAACUAUUAUAUGUGCAUUAUGAAUAUGAAUAUAAGGUAUAGUGUUUCAACAGACCAACGUGUAGAUGUCUAUGCAAAACAUUUACUGUUCAUUUGUUGUUUGAAUAUUAAUCACUUAUUGUAUUCUAUUGUUGUUGUACUUUGAAUAAAGUGA